UUGCUUUCGAUUUCAUCGCACUGGUGUCAUGUCAUGGAGAUAACAGGAGUGAGUUUUAAAGCAGAGAAGGACGCACGCCCAUGACCACUUCCCCUUGCAGCAGACUGGAGACUAAUGUCAGUUUAUGCUGUGGAGCAGAGAAGACGGUUAAUCCCAUCCCCCGGACCUCAACACUGGAACCGGUGUCUGUCUUAAGAGAGAAAGUUGCUGCUCCAGUCCUGCCUAAAUGCUCCCAUGUAUUGGAGGUGAAUUGGCAACAAUAUCAUCUAACAGUCAAAUCCUCUGAACAUCCUCAGAUGGAUUUACCAGUGGAGGCAACAGUACAUUUGAACCUUUUCCCCAAUGAGGCGGAGGUGAUAGAACUACUCCAGUCACAUGGCUUUAGUUUGACGUAUCUGAGUCAAGACCAGGUGCGUGUGAAGGGGUCGUUUCUGAAACUCAAAGCUGUGAAGGCCUCUCUGGAGCAGAUUGUUAAAUCAGACAGUAAGACGGACAUCGUUCCGGUCCCAAAAGCCUCCUAUGCUUCCUCUGGAGCCGUUUCCAAACACUACCCCCGAAACAGCUCAGUGUCCAAUGCUAACAGAAGCCGAGACAAGCCUCCGUACUCUUCUCCAUCUUCACCCUCCUCCUCCUCGCCUCCGUCAUCUCCAAACAAACUUCCAAGCUCACAAUACAAAGCGUCUCCUUCUCCAGAACCAGAUCAGCGCAGCUCAUUCAGUCCUCGAAGUGAGUCAUUUAUCGUCGAUGAAGAUGUGUUUAGGUACGCAGAUCGGCUCAGGAAAAGAGACAUUGAUGGCAUCGUGGAAUGCCAUAAUGUCAGAAUGGUGGUAGUAAAAGUAGGCGAUAGCGCCAGCAUCACUCUACAUGGGAAGAGCGCGAGAACAGCGGUCGGUAAACUACAGAGCCUCCUGGAUGAUCUCAACCAAUCACUGCGCACACAGGAAGUCCUUCUAAAGGACAUGGAUCAAGAAGGCAGGGUGCUUUUAGAGAAGAUCAAGAAAGACAGAAACAUUUACAACUCAGUGCUCGUAUGUCCCAUGGACGUCAAACUUCGCCUGAUUGGACCGUCCCGUGAGAGCCACGAUUUAAAGCACAUACUCUUACGGAGGCAGAGGGAGCAGUCACGACAUCCAGAGAGGACGUCGGUCACAAUAGAGAAUAGGAGGAGCAGCUCUCUGCCACCGGUCAGUCACAAGAACGCCAGAGAUAGGGGGGGCGUCGACACGUCAUAUCCUUACGCAGAUGAGGCAGGUUACUCUCCUUCAAGGUACCAGGACGAGGAGCUGGGAGCUGCUGGUUGCUUUGGUGGAGCUUCAAUGGAUACAAGACGCCCUGAAUCCAGAAGAUACGCCCCGAAAGAAAGGGUGCAAAAGGAGGAAGAGAAAAGUCCUAAAUCACCUAAGAAAGCCUGGAACAGUUUAAAGGGAAAGUUUAUAUCUUUAUGGAAAAAGAAAAGAUAAGGAGUGAAGUUUUGUAAAUGAGGUAGAAAGACCAUGCUACCUUAUCAUACAUUUUUUUUACACUA